UCGCCCGCUAAGCAUGGACUCUUCCUCUUUUCCCACAAUACCCUCGGUCUCUUCUCAAAAACUUUCUGCUUCGAAAAGUCUCUUCAACAACCCAUAAUUCCCCUUUGUUGGAACCAUGUCACGUGCCAUCAUGAACAACGUUCGGGCAUGUCUGCGGACUGCUCGACCACAAUUAAAUUCACGAUGCUCGCCAGCAUCGUACAUCUCUCGGCCAAUGCUUCGUGUCACCGCCGGUCAGAUCCGAUGGAGUUCACAUUCUCCCUUGGGUUCUUCUCCAGCCAAUGCGCGGAAGCCCGUGACUAUCAACACCAUACAGAGCCUAUAUCGGAAGAAGGAACCCAUCACAAUGAUCACUGCACAUGACUUCCCCAGCGCCCAUGUCGCCGACCAUGCUGGAAUGGACAUUGUUCUUGUCGGUGACAGCCUCGCCAUGGUGGCCCUUGGCAUGGACGACACCAGUGAGGUCCGACUUGACGAAAUGAUCUUGCAUUGUCGCUCCGUCGCUCGCGCAACAACAGGUGCCUUCACAGUCGGUGACAUGCCCAUGGGCAGCUACGAGAUAUCACCAGAGCAGGCACUGGAGUCCGCCAUCCGGAUCAUCAAGGAGGGCCGCGUCAAGGCCGUCAAGCUCGAAGGUGGAAAGGAGGUAGCUCCCACCAUUGCCAAAAUUACCUCUGCGGGUAUUCCCGUAUUGGCCCAUGUCGGCCUCACGCCUCAACGGCAGAACGCCCUCGGGGGUUUCCGAGUGCAGGGCAAGAACGUUGCGUCUGCGCUCAAGCUCCUCGAGGAUGCGAAGGCCGUUCAAGAGGCCGGUGCAUUCGCCAUGGUGGUAGAGGCUGUUCCAGCUGAAGUCGCAGCUCUCGUGACGCAGCAGCUCAAGGUGCCUACCAUUGGGAUUGGUGCCGGCAAUGGCUGCUCGGGUCAGGUCCUCGUGCAGAUCGACAUGCUCGGGAACUUCCCUCCUGGCCGCUUCCUGCCCAAGUUCGUCAAGAAGUACGGCAAUGUCUGGGGAGAAAGCAUGAAAGCCAUCCAGGCAUACAAGGCCGAAGUCAAGAGUCGAGAGUACCCUGCCCCUGAGCACACGUACCCGAUGCCGAAGGAGGAGUACGAGGAGUUUGCGAGGCUCAUCGAAACACAAAAAUCAUCGGAAUCCUAGGUCAUUCUUUGCAUUGGUGGUGGCGUUGAUGAUAUUUCGCAUUGAUAUCUUUGUUUGACUCCUUUCAUACCCCUGCGCUGCCUAUUAUGCGCUGUCGAGUCGUUCUCUCUUCCUUCACGUGCUAGCGUUGAUUCUAUCCGCUUCGUAGCAUCUGUCUAUAGCUCCUUAUACCAAAUCAGACGCAUACUGUAUACUCAACCCAGUAUAACAUCCAUCCUACCGCAAAAGUACCGCACAGGGUCGUGAUGCUCAUCUAUCCAUUACUCUUACAACCCCCCAUCCCUCCAUCCCUCCCCUACCCAAAAGCAGGAGACAGAGCAUACCCCACAACCAACUCAUCAUUCGUCUUAAAACACUAA